AGCCGGCUGCCGACCCACGUGUGUUCUGCGCUGGGCGUCGGGUCGCUCAGGGGCUCGGCGUUGGCGUUCGCGGGUUCGGACAGUUUUGCGAAAACAUGGGUCGUUCGGGGAAGUUGCGGUCGGGCGCCUCGGCGAAGCUGAAGCGCUGGAAGAAGGGCCACAGCAGCGACAGCAACCCCAGCGUCUGCCGCCACCGGCAGGCCGCCCGCAGCCGCUUCUUCAGCCGGCCGUCAGGAAAGAGCGACCUGACCGUGGACGCGGUGAAGUUGCAUAAUGAGCUGCAGUCCGGCUCCCUGAGCCUGAGCCUGAGCCAGGGCCACGCCGCUGAGAAGGCCAUGGAGGAAGACCCCGAGUUGGCCUUCACCGAGAAGUCCGCGGGCACGUUCCUGAGCGGCCUGUCCGACUGCACCAACGUCACCUUCAGCAAAGUGCAGCGCUUCUGGGAGUCCAACUCAGCCGCCCACAAAGAGAUCUGUGCGGUUCUGGCUGCUGUCACUGAGGUGAUUCGCUCCCAGGGAGGGAAGGAGACAGAGACUGAGUACUUUGCUGCUUUGAUGACGACCAUGGAAGCAGUGAAGUCCACAGAGUCAUUGGCUGCCGUUGCUUACCUGCUGAACCUUGUCCUAAAGCGUGUGCCCAGUCCUGUGCUCAUUAAGAAGUUCUCUGAUACCUCCAAAGCCUUCAUGGACAUCAUGUCUUCCCAGGCCAGCAGCGGCUCCACCUCUGCCCUCCGAUGGGUCCUCUCCUGCCUGGCCAUCCUGUUGCGGAAGCAGGACCUGGAAGCCUGGGGCUACCCGCUGACUCUUCAGGUGUACCACGGGCUUCUGAGUUUCACUGUGCAUACCAAGCCCAAGAUUCGGAAGGCUGCCCAACAUGGAGUAUGCUCAGUUCUCAAAGGCAGUGACUUCAUGUUUGGUGAAAAGGCCCUUGUCCAUCAUCCUGCUGCUAUCUCCACUGCCAAGUUUUGCAUCCAGGAGAUUGAGAAGUCUGGAGGCUCCAAGGAGGCCACCACCACACUGCACAUGCUGACACUGCUGAAGGACGUACUGCCCUGCUUCCCAGAAGGCCUGGUGAAGAGCUGCAGUGAGACUCUGCUGCGUGUCAUGACCUUGAGCCAUGUGCUGGUGACAGCCUGUGCUAUGCAGGCCUUCCAUAGCCUCUUCCAUGCCAAGCCCAGCCUGGGUACCCUGUCUGCAGAGCUUAAUGCCCAGAUCAUUACGGCCUUGUAUGACUACAUUCCCAGUGAGAAUGACUUACAGCCCCUGCUGGCCUGGCUUAAAGUCAUGGAAAAAGCCCACAUCAACUUGGUCAGGUUGCAGCGGGACCUGGGCCUGGGCCACCUUGCUCGUUUUUUUGGAACUGCAAUGACCUGUUUCCUCUCCCCUCACUCACAAGUGGUGGCAGCUGCCACCCAGAGCCUCAAGGAGAUCCUGAAAGAGUGUAUAGCUCCGCACAUGGCUGACAUCGGCUCUGUGACCUCCUCAGCCUCAGGUCCUCCCCAGCACAUUGCCAAGAUGUUCAGGGCGGUGGAGGAGGGCCUGACGUACAAAUUCCAUGCAGCCUGGAGCUCUGUCCUGCAGCUGCUGUGUGUCUUCUUUGAGGUGUGUGGAAAGCAGGCACAUCCCGUGAUGAAGAAGUGCCUCCAGUCCUUGUGUGACCUGCGCCUCUCUCCUCACUUCCCCCACACGGCAUCCCUAGACCAAGCUGUGGGAGCUGCAGUGACCAGCAUGGGACCAGAGGUGGUGUUACAGGCUGUACCUUUGGAAAUUGAUGGCUCUGAGGAGACUCUGGAUUUCCCACGGAGCUGGCUGCUGCCAGUCAUCCGGGACCAUGUCCGGGAAACUCGACUCGGUUUCUUCACUACCUACUUCUUGCCCCUGGCUAACACCCUCAAGAGUAAAGCAAUGGACCUGGCCCAAGAAGGCAGCACAGUGGAGUCCAAGAUCUAUGACACUCUGCAGUGGCAGAUCUGGACCCUCCUACCUGGGUUCUGCACUAGGCCCACGGAUGUGGCUGUCUCUUUCAAAGGUCUGGCACGGACGCUGGGCACAGCCAUCAGCGAACGCCCCGACCUAAGGGUCACUGUGUGCCAGGCCCUGCGCACCCUCAUCACCAAGGGUUGUGAGUCAGAGGCUGACCGUGCUGAAGUGAGUCGCUUUGCCAAGAACUUUCUGCCAAUCCUCUUCAAUCUGUAUGGGCAGCCUGUUGCAGAUGGGGACACCCCAGCUCCUCGCCGAGCUGUAUUGGAAACUAUCAAAACUUACCUCACCAUCACUGAGACUCAGUUGGUGAAUGGUUUCCUGGAAAAAGCCAGUGAGAAGGUUCUUGAUCCUGCCAGCUCUGACUUUACCAGAUUGUCUGUUCUGGACCUGGUCGUGGCCUUGGCUCCUCAUGCUGAUGAAGCUGCCAUCAGUAAGCUGUACUCCACCAUCCGGCCCUACCUGGAGAGCAAGGCUCAUGGGGUGCAGAAGAAGGCCUAUCGUGUGCUAGAGGAGGUGUGUGCCAGCCCCGAGGGCCCUGGGGCCCGCUUUGUGCAGAGCCACCUGGGUGACCUGAAGAAGACCCUGCUGGACUCGCUUCGGAGCACGUCCUCACCUGCCAAGAGGCCCCGUUUGAAGUGCCUCAUACAUAUUGUGAAGAAAUUGUCGGUUGAGCAUGAAGAAUUCAUUGCGGCCCUCAUCCCAGAGGUGAUCCUGUGCACCAAGGAGGUGUCUGUGGGUGCACGGAAGAAUGCUUUCACUCUGCUCGUAGAGAUGGGCCAUGCUUUCCUGAGGUUCGGCUCCAACCAGGAAGAGGCCCUGCAGCGCUUCCUUAUCCUGAUCUAUCCUGGCCUUGUGGGUGCAGUGACCACCAUCAGCUGUAGCAUUCUGGCCCUAACCCACCUCCUGUUUGAGUUUAAAGGACUGAUGGGCACCAGCACAGUGGAGCAGCUGCUGAAAAAUGUGUGUCUGCUGCUGGCCUCCCGCACCCGUGAUGUGGUCAAGUCUGCGCUGGGCUUCAUCAAGGUGGCUGUGGUGGUCAUGGAUGUGGUCCACCUGGCCAAGCAUGUACAGUUGGUGAUGGAAGCCAUAGGAAAGCUGUCGGAUGACAUGAGACGGCACUUCCGCAUGAAGCUUCGGAAUCUAUUCAUCAAGUUCAUCCGCAAGUUUGGAUUUGAGCUGGUGAAGGGGCUGCUGCCUACAGAGUACCACAAAGUCCUGGUCAACAUCCAGAAGGCUGAAACCCGGGCCAAAAAGCACCGUGCCCUGAGCCAGGCUGCUGUGGAGGAGGAAGAAGAGGAUGAGGAAGAGCCCACCCAGGGCAAAGGUGACAGCAUUGAGGAGAUUUUGGCUGACUCGGAGGAUGAAGAUGAGGAGGAAAGAGGCCACAACAAAGAGCAGAGAAAGCUGGCCCGACAGAGGAGCAGGGCGUGGCUGAAGGAAGGUGGAGGGGAUGAGCCCCUCAACUUCCUGGAUCCCAAAGUGGCCCAGCGAGUCCUUGCCACACAGCCUGGACCCGGGAAGGGCAGCAAGAAAGACCACGGCUUCAAGGUGAGCGCCGAUGGUCGGUUGAUUAUACGUGAGGAUGAAGAUGGUGACAAAGUGGAGGAAGAGGAUGGCACUAAAGGGGAAGAUGAAGAGAUGGCUGACUUGGUGGAAGAUGUGGGCGUCAGGAGUAAAAAGAAGCUUAAGCGGCACAGGGAGGCGGAGGAGGAAGAACUGGAGGUGCCCCCUCAGUAUCAGGCUGGAGGCUCUGGCAUCCAUCGCCCUGUGGGCAAGAAAGCUACCCCUGGGGCUGAAUACAAAGCCAAGAAAGCAAAGGGUGACAUGAAGAGGAAGGGCCGGCUCGAUCCCUAUGCCUACAUCCCACUCAACAGAACCAAGCUCAACCGCAGGAAGAAAGUGAAGCUGCGGGGACAAUUCAAAGGUCUGGUAAAAGCUGCCCAGCGGGGAUCCCAAACAGGACACAAACUCCGCAGAAAAGACCGUCGCCUCUGACGACUGCUCGGCUGCCCUGUGCUCCAGUCCAAGCCCAAGGACCCUUUCUAGCCCCCAUGUUGCUUGACACCAGCUGCAGAUGCCUGAACCUAACAGAGCCUGAACUCAGAAUGACAUAACUGAAGCCAGGGCCCAGCUUCCAAAGAGACACCCAAGAUUUUGGAAGCCCUAAAUGGGAACUGCCCUUCAGAAACAUCACUAGCAUCUGUGGAAGGAACUGUGGCCUCUCUCUUUCUCUGGAGGCCCCCCCAUUAGGUGCUGUUCUGCCUAUCCAAGGUAGCCCUGAGCAUUGAAGUGGUGAUUUUCUCCAUAGCCAUGUGGCCAUUGUCUGCAUGUGUGAGGUCCAGGGUCACCAGGUCUAGAAUAAAUGUGCAUCACCACA